AUUGGAUUGACAUGGCUGUGUGCAGCUCAGCACUACGAUCUGCAUCCAUGAGGCUCCUUCCUGGACAUUUGGAUUCUCCCUCCACAGCCACACAGCCUUGAUCCGGCGCUGGAUAGCGUAACAUUGAGCUGUGCCGUGUUUUCACAGCAUGUUGCAGGGCACUGGGAGAUAGAGAGGGAAUAAUAAGGGGGGACAACCUUACCACACACUUGAGCGAUGUUCUACGAGCGCCUCUCUCUCUCAUUUCAGACCGUCAGCCUUUUCUACACAGAGACCUGGGACUAAUGGAGGGAUGCAACGAUGCUACUCUUUGCUUGUCAUGCUUGAAUCACAGCUUCAUAUAUCCUUUUGUGUCAGAGACCUUAUUGCCUUUGUCUGUCACUGCUGCCAGAUCAACUGUGGGGUAGCGUGGCGGACACAGCCCCCUCCUCAACCCCCCUCUCCCUUGUCUGUGCCCCCGGCUUCUCAUCACUCCCCGCUCGCUCGUGUCUAUUUACCUACCCUCCCCUCUCUGUUAAGCUCCGUCUUUCUUGCUCUCCCUCUCUCUACUGCUUACUAUCUCCCUCUCUUUUCUCUUUCAAAGCAGGCAGUCUGCUAUUCUAUCCAAGCAGCUUGCUACAUGAUCUCCUGGAAAACAGUUUUCACCGCUGCUCUGCCGCCUCACAGUUCCCGAGCCGAUUUUCAUCUCCACAACGGCAGGAUGUUCCUUCACGAGGAUUGAUCCCCGUCCACCCCCUUUCACUCUCCCCUUCCCUUCCCUUGUCCUAAUCUCCUGCCCUCUGACCCUCACCCUCUUAUUCUCUACCCCCACCCACCCUCUCCUAUUCGCUCUGACCCCGAGCCUCUUUUCCUCCUAAUUCAUUUGACCCCCUUGACCAUGUUGCCAUGUGUCUGCUGGCUCCAACCUAUCCUCAUCUUGCUGUCCUCUGUCUUAUGGACCCGGGGGGAAAACUGCCCAGCAACCUGCCUGUGCCCAGAUCCUCACACCGUGGACUGCAGUGGCCGUGGGCUGACCCGUCUACCCAAUGAGAUCCCCUUGGAUGUGCGCAGGCUUUUGCUGGCUGACAACUGGAUACCCCGCAUCCCCUCGGACUUCCUGGUUCUGUACAGUGACUUGGUCUACUUAGACCUCCGGAACAACUCGCUCUCCCACAUAGAACCGGGGACGCUCAGCACCUCUUCCAGGCUGGUGUUCCUGGACUUGGGCAGCAACAAUCUGACUGAAAUCCCUAAGGGGAUGUUCGGGGAGUCCCGUAGCCUCAUCAAACUACGACUGGGCAACAACCCCUAUCUGAGCCUGGUGAGUGAGGAUGCUUUCCUGGGCCUCACCUCUCUGAGAGAACUGGAACUGGAACGUAAUGCGCUGUCUGCCCUAAAGGUGGGGGCACUGAGUCAGUUGCCCUCCCUGAGGGUGGUGAGGCUAGAGGGCAACCCCUGGGUAUGCAAUUGCAACUUUGCCAACCUGUUCACAUGGCUGAUGGAGAACAGCCACAAGCUUCCAAAUGGAGUGGAAGGCAUGGAGUGCUCCCUCCCCAUGGACGGCAGACGAGUGUCCCUGACCCAGCUCUCAAAGGACAGCUUCCGUGAGUGCCAGGCCACCCUGACUCUAACAGACCUGCUCAUCAUCAUUUUCUCUGGCAUCUCAGUGUCUGUGGUGGCCAUCAUGACAAGCUUCUUCCUGGCUUCAACUGUCCAUUGCUUCCAGCGCUGGAGUAAAGGCACCAAAGGGGACGAGGAGGAGAGUGAAGAGUGAAAAGGAUUUACUUUUAAAGGCCCGUGUGGGACGGGUGCUUCAAACAAUGAGGGGACACCGCAGACAGUGUGUGCUACAUGUGACAAGUUUCAUGCUGCUUCUGGUGAACAUGCAGGACUGUUUAACGGUAGGAUCUUGCCCUGGUACGGUUGCAGUUGUUGUCUUUGCACAUGGACAGUUGAAAUAUGGCAACAAAGGACGUUGCCAUGGAAUGAGCCAAUGUCCUACUAAAAAUUAGUGAGUGCUCCAGCUCCACUCGCAAAAUGAUAUUAUGGAAUUCAUAUUUUCGAGUGUGAGAGCGUGUGGUCGUGUUUUAUGGCUACUGGCCCUUGGCUCUUUGAUUAUAGGCCUACACAAAUAUUAUAAGGCUAAUGUCUUUAUUAUGAAAUAGAAACAGAUAAAAAAAAAAGAGAAGUGUUGCUGCAGUGCUGUCAUGUUAGUGUUAGACAAGCCACUAACUUAAAUAACAUCUGAUCACAUGGACCUCCAGCUGUGGAGUCUGAAUCCUGUAAAGUGACAUCAAAGUUAGCGCGACCUCUUAGACAAUUUUCAUUGGGGUUUUUAUUUGUGUAGGCCAGACUGCUUGAUCUUGAUCCCAUAAAAAAGGAUGUCAUACCGACCAGUGACCUCAGUAUUUAACUGCCUAUAACAUGAUAUGCUGGCAUAUCCUGCCAUUUACAAUGUCUUUUUUGGACAGUCUCACUCACCAACAUUCAAAAGUGGUUCACAAGCACCAGAGAAGGCAAAUAUUGUUGUUCCUUCUGCAUGUAAAAUCAGACAGUGACAAAGGUAUCAGUGAGACAGGGAGGGGUCACACAAUGAUGAGUAGUUUGGUAGGUGAAGUCCCAUAGGCAGGUAGAGUUGGGUCUACACGUUCUUUCAGCAGUAUAUUCAUUAUAUAAUCAUAAAUUUAUGUACAAAAGAAAACAGUGUACAGUCAAACAAAUAUAUAAAUCAAGAGGAUAUACUGUAUGUUCCUUAGAUUGAUAACUGUGAACUGUGUAGAAAGAAAUUGAUAAAAUAUCUACAAUAUAAUCUUGAAAAUUAUGGCAAAUACGGUAUUGAAAUAGAGCCUAUGUAUAACUUAUGUCACACAACGCACUUUAAAUGGUGAACCUAAUUUUGGCAAGCCCCUAAUCUCACCGUGUAGACUGGUUUUGUCUUCAUCUGCCAAAGAUUAGGUUUCAGUGAAGGAGAGAUUGCAUAAUAAGGACUUUGUAGUGGAUAAAGUUUUAUUUAGUGAGGUAGUGAUAGCUCCUGAAUAGAAGGCACCACUAUAGCCAAAACACACUUUGUAUACGCAUAUUCUACUCAGUCAAACAGUUACAGUCUCCAAAGCUUUACAUUUCGUUCUGUUCUGUCUCUGACUAAACCAGCUGUCUUACUUGGUUUCAUACAUGGCAGUCUUCAACCUCUAUUUUAACACAAAGGUCAUUUCAGAACAAAUAGUUAUUUACUGUAUGAGGCUGGCGAGCAAGAGGUUAGUUUCUUGAGGAAUAAAUAGAUGUCUAUUGAUGUAUUUAAGAUGUCCAGAAUAUAUACGUCAUGUCCUUUUACUAAAAAUCUUCCAAUAAUCUGUAGUAAAGCUGCUGAUUUUAUAUCCUGGGGAAGUAUCAUCCCAAAACUCUUACUGUAUCAGCAUCUGCAUUCACAAGAGUGACAGUACAGUACAAUCUAAAUUAAAUAAAGCAGUGCCCUAAAUUUUAUGGGUUUCGGUUUGUUAUUUGCGUCCUGUAAAUUUAAAUCCCCCAUGAUUAGGAUUUGGAAUGCACAAAGCCGGACUCUUUGUAUUUCCCCCCCCCCCCCCCCCCCCCCAAGAGCUAAGGUAUGUUGCUUCUCACAUUCUUGUAAGGCAUGAAUAAUUCAGCAAAACUGAGAUAUGAAGCAGAAAGAAGCAGAAAGAAUGUCAAGCCUCUAAAUGCAAACAAGCAGAGCUUAGAAAAAGAGCCAUGAACAAAUAGAGUCAUCGUUUCUGUGUGCUCAACAAAAGAUAAAAAGGAAUUCCAAAUGCUCCUGUCCCUUUAGAACAAGUCAUAACCCUGAAUGUGCUGCAAUCUGAAGCACAUUUCUCAGAAAUGACAAAGAAUAAAUGUGGCCUUAUUUAUUUUUGUUAUUUUUCAUUAGUAUCAGCAUCAGUAAAAGCACAAAGAUUUCACGUGAAACUAACGCCACCCCAGUACACUUUAAAGGAUGUGUCACAUCAUGUGUUGGUACCAGCCUGUGUUGUCACGGUAUGUUUUCACUAAUGUGUGUUGUCACAUGUUGUGCUGAAAGUGCCACAUCCUUAUAAACAGAGUAAGAUUCGUUCUGUAUAGAUGUCACGUAUUUGCCAGAAUUCAAAUCAUGUGGGACACUUUGAAGACAUAAGCCCAUUGAAAAUUUGUAUUCAUUUAUAACAGCCAAUUUACCUUUCUCUAAAUCUCUCCUCUGAACAGCAAAUGUCCAGUCAUAGCUUAGUAACUGUAGCUAGGCACAUCAACAGGCUUUGGAUUUCUCUAUUUCACUUCUAACAUCUGAUUAAAUACAGUCAUAAAGGGGAACGCCACUGAAUUUCAUAUUUGAAAUCCACUAUUUCAGUUUCUUGUGGCAUUUUGGUCGAUAAGUGUGAAUUACACCUAAUACUUUAUUGCUCACUGCCAGAGUAAAGGUGCCCUCAUUUUUGACAAUGAGGGUAUGGACAUUCAUAUGAAAAGUAUAAAAGCAUUUUGAUUUCAUAUGUGUCCAGAAAGUGAGUUUCCAUGAAAAGAGCAGUUCAGAAAACAAACGUUUGACUGCUUAGUACCAUGAGAACAGCUAAAGUGGAUUAAUUGGAUUGAGUGGUUUUCCCCUUAAACAGAUGAGAAACUGCUUUCUUAACUGCAAACCGGAGGUGCAGACCUAAGCGAAGGAAUCAGAGGGAGAGUUUUUAUACAUAUCAUUAUCAUUUCCAACUACUGUGUAGUUACUGUAUAUUAACAAAUUAUUAUGUUAGCUUAGCUGUUAGCUUGACGCAUACGUUAGCAUGACAUUUUCCUUUCUCUUACUCAUUUUAUUGAUAUCAGCACAUUAGAGCAUGCACUGUUGAGUUACCUACCGUAUAAAGUUCAGAUUCAUGUCUAUUUUUCUAUUGAACCUUUCAGAAUGAAGCGUUUAUUUACUCUGUCAGUCCCCAAAGUAAUUUUUUGGCAUUUGCGCACCCCGGAAAGCAGAGACACUGGUGCCUGCUUUCCUUCUUUUUGUCUUGACAUUGCUUAAAAUACCAAAAUUCAUGUUAUGUUUUGUCAGAUAAAUGUCAGAAUGGCUCAAUUCUAAAUUAAGUAACAGGGGAGAGUGUGACGCUGUGGCUGCAGCUAAAUGCAUUUCCAAAUGUCAAACAGACACUGUCAAACAGACCGUAUGUGUAGCUGUAUAUUGAUGUUUGGUAAAAAAAAUAAUAAAAUAAACUAAAUAAAUACAAUC